GUUUAUGCAUAGCCACAUUGGUACAUAACGGAAGUCGCUAUCGCUACGCUGUUACAGAAACAGAAUGCUUUAGCGUUUUGAUAAGAUCGCGCGAUCUUUCUUUAUGUUGUGUUCAGUAAAAAUAAGUUUACAUAGAGAUGGCAGACCCUGCGGUGGCGAGCGGCGGAUCUUUAAACGUCGGAAUGCGGACAAGUGGUAGUAAACCAACUGCAAAUCCGGCGGAGAAUUAUUACCUGGCCCGACGGCGCACCCUGCAGGUUGUGGUCAGUUCUCUGCUGACGGAAUGCGGCUUCGAAAGCGCUGAGAAAGCGGCUGUGGAAACUUUAACAGAAAUGAUGCAGAGUUACAUAUCUGAGGUUGGACGUUGCGCAAAAGCGAGCUGCGAGCAUACUGCCAGAAGCAGCCCUACUCUCUCAGAUGUGGUUAUUACGUUGGUGGAAAUGGGUUUUAACGUAGAUUCUCUCCCCUUGUAUGCCAAAAGAUCACAGAGGAUGGUCAUAACAGCUCCUCCAGUGACAAAUUCUCCAGUGAUUCCUAAGUCUCUUGCCGCUGGACAAAAGCGGACACACCCUCCUCACAUCCCUAGCCAUUUCCCAGAAUUUCCAGAUCCUCAUACUUACAUCAAAACCCCGACAUUUCGUGAGCCUGUAUCAGACUACCAGGUGCUGAGGGAGAAGGCAGCUUCCCAGAGACGAGAUGUGGAGAGAGCACUCACUCGUUUCAUGGCAAAGACCGGCGAGACACACAGCCUCUUUAAAGAUGACCUCACUGCUUUUCCGUUGAUAGCAGCAAAGCCAAGUGCCAUCCCAUACCUGAGCACUCUACUGCCCUCUGAGCUGGAGCUGCAGUCCCUGGAGGAGACGGACUCGUCGGAGCAGGAUGACCAGACAGACACCGAAAACAAUGCCAACAACAUGAUUAGCGAGGACUCAGGAACAGAUAAGGAGAAUUCAGUUCUGCCGCCUGGUAGUGGUGUGCCUUCAGCGAAGAACAGUGAGGAAAACAUGAUUGAUAACCCAUACCUUCGACCAGUCAAGAAACCAAAAGUGAGGCGGAAAAAAUGAACAGCAAAAAUAUGGACUCAAUUAUGCAACGAAAUCGUGUGGGAAUGAAGAUACUGUUGUUUGUGGCUUACAUUGUGCCUCUGAACAGGAGAGCUGACGCUCAACAAUGGUAGCGUUUUUCCUAAAGGUGGGAUAUAUACAUGUAUAUAUCACUCUGGUUUAUGCUUGGAUUUUUCAAAAAUAAAACAUUUGUAUGAUGUCUUUGUCAUGUUUAAAUGGAUGAGAAUAAAUUACUCUCAAACAUC